CUUCUUCUUCUAUUUCCAUUAUUUCACUUCAAGAAUCAAACCCUUUUUUCAGAUUUUAUAAAGAAUACAUUACAUUCAUAUUUUCCCAUUCAUUUAAAAUUCUCCCAAAUCACAGUUUUAUACACUAAUUAAUUACAGUAACAAUUUACGCAGAUUUAGUUUCUGUUACUAUUACAUCAACCCUAUUUUUUCGCCAUGAACACAAUAACCCUAAUUCGUAACCGCGCCAUAAAUUCCGCGCGUAAACUCCUCAUUGAUUCUAAGAAUUCAUCGAUUUUUGGCUCCCUACUACCUCAUCACGCUCUUCCUGUACCUAACGAUUUUCUUCAACCACGUUUCAAUCUUUACCACAGCAAAAAUCACUACCCUUUUCGAAAACUAGGGUUUCAGCAUGAAUUGGGUAGUGUCCGGAAAAUUUUCAAUCCAUCCUCUUCAAAUUAUGCAACUUCAAGGUGUUUUAGUUUAAAUUCAGCAAAAAGGGGUGCAAGAAUUGGAUUCAAGGUUCAAAAUUUCUCAACUUCUGUUGAGACACGUGUUAAUGACAAUAGUUUUGAGAAAAUUUACAUUCAGGGUGGGUUGAAUGUGAAGCCAUUAGUGGUGGAAAGUGUUCAUAAUGAUGAAGAGAGUGUUGUAAGAGAAGAAGAAGAAGAGAGUGUUGCGGAAAAACAAGCUUGGAAGUUGUUGAAGGAUGCUAUUGUUACUUAUUGUGGAAAUCCUGUGGGGACGGUGGCUGCAAAUGAUCCUGGUGAUAAGUUACCAUUGAAUUAUGAUCAAGUGUUUAUUCGGGAUUUUAUUCCUUCCGCGCUUGCUUUCUUGCUUAAAGGUGAUAGUGAGAUUGUUAAGUACUUUCUUCUUCAUACCUUGCAAUUGCAGAGUUGGGAGAAAACUGUGGACUGCUACAGUCCAGGACAGGGCUUGAUGCCUGCUAGUUUCAAAGUUAGAACCGUAGCUCUUGAAGGAGAUACUCGUGAAGAAGUUUUAGAUCCUGAUUUUGGUGAAUCAGCUAUUGGUCGAGUUGCGCCUGUAGAUUCAGGAUUGUGGUGGAUCAUCCUGUUGCGGGCUUAUGGGAAGAUCACGGGUGACUACAGCUUGCAAGAAAGGGUUGAUGUUCAAACAGGCUUGAAAAUGAUUCUCAAAUUGUGUCUAACAGAUGGUUUUGAUAUGUUUCCAUCUCUGCUAGUCACUGACGGGUCUUGCAUGAUAGACAGGCGUAUGGGCAUUCAUGGUCACCCUCUUGAAAUCCAAGCAUUAUUUUACUCGGCUCUUCGCUGCUCGCGUGAAAUGCUUGCUGUAACAGAUGGAACCAAUGAUCUUGUUAGAGCCAUUAACAACAGAUUGAGUGCAUUAUCGUUCCACAUUAGACAAUAUUAUUGGGUGGAUAUGAAAAAGAUUAAUGAAAUAUACAGGUACAAAACUGAAGAGUACUCCAUGGAUGCCAUCAACAAAUUCAACAUCUAUCCAGAGCAAAUUCCUUUCUGGGUAAUGGACUGGAUUCCAGAAAAAGGUGGAUAUCUAAUUGGGAAUCUGCAACCUGCUCACAUGGAUUUCCGGUUUUUCACGCUGGGAAAUCUUUGGUCUAUUAUUUCGUCACUGAGCACCCCAAGACAGAACGAGGCUAUUUUAAAUCUGAUAGAAGCAAAAUGGGAUGAUCUCGUAGGGCAUAUGCCUCUUAAGAUAUGUUAUCCUGCCUUGGAUAAUGAAGAGUGGCGGAUAAUUACUGGUAGCGACCCAAAGAAUACCCCUUGGUCAUAUCACAACGGUGGAUCCUGGCCAACCCUUUUGUGGCAGUUCACAUUGGCAUGCAUGAAAAUGGGGAGAAUUGAUCUAGCCCAGAAAGCAGUUGAUUUGGCUGAGAAAAGGCUGCCAGUUGAUUCUUGGCCUGAAUAUUACGAUACUCGUUCCGGGAAAUUUAUUGGUAAACAAGCCCGGCUGUAUCAAACAUGGACCAUAGCUGGGUUCCUUACAUCUAAGAUGCUUUUGAAGAAUCCAAAAAUGGCAUCCAUGUUAUUCAGUGAGGAGGAUUAUGAUCUCCUUGAGAUAUGUGUUUGUGGUCUUAGCAAGAGUGGAAGGAAAAAAUGCUCGCGUGUCGCUGCCAAGUCUCAGAUUCUUGUAUGAUACAAGUCUGCAUUAUUUGGAAACAGAAUGCCAAUUCACAAGUUCAGGGUAUGGAGUUAAAUUGGAACUGUAAUAGAAUUUUCCAUUUUGUUGUAGUUAUAGUUUUUUCGGUUAUGAUGGCUUUCCUGUGUAUUGGGAGGGGUUCUUCAAAAUAAAAAUAAAAAUAAAAAAUCAAUGGGAGGUUUUUAAACUUAAAACCUCUUAAUAUUUACCUCAUACCAUAGCAUAGUUCUUUACUUAGGAUUUAUACUUACCCAUAGGUAUAUUAACAAUAUUCACUACAUAGGGUUUCCACUUACAGUUAUGUAUACUAACUAUGUUCAUAUUGAUUUUUCUCAUUAUACAGUUCCUCCUUUGCAG